AUGCUAUGCACGUGGAUUUCAACAGUUGCCGGAGGAAUAGUGGUGCUGUGUGUCUCCCUGAAGAUCUUUCUCCCCUAUUUCUGGGCAGACCUGAUCUAUUUCUUGAGAUGGAAGAGGUCAAAGGCAACAGUAAAAAAGUGGGCAAAAAAUGGAAUUCUCUCCAUGAUUGACCUUUUCAGGCAGACAGUGGAAACAAAUCCCCACAAGCCAUUCCUUAUCUAUGAAGGGACUGUGUACACCUAUCAAGAUGUGGACAGGAGGAGUAACAGGGUAGCACAGGCCUUCCUGCACCACGGGAAUCUGAAAAAAGGUGACACUGUGGCCCUGCUGAUGGGUAAUGGACCUGACUUCAUCCAUGUCUGGUUCGGGCUGGCCAAGCUGGGCUUCAUCGUGGCCUUUCUCAACAUCAAUAUCCGCUCAAGAUCUCUCCUGAACUGUAUUAAUACCUGCGCAGCAAAAGCACUGGUGAUAGGAGAAGACUGUUUGGGAUCAAUAGAGAAGGAAUUUAUUUUGAAUCUUUCGGAAAAUAAUGUUGCUGUCUGGCUGAUGAGCGCCAGUUCUCCUUUCCAGCAUGUUCACACCCUACCAGACAAACUAGACAAGGUGCCUGAUAAUCCUGUUCCAUCUCAUCUUAGAGCUGUCACUGACACAAGAAACACAGCUCUGUAUAUCUUCACAUCAGGGAGUACAGGUUUCCCAAAAGCUGCUGUCAUCACUCAUCGCAGAACUCUGGUUGCCUCCUUAGCAUUGACUCAGUGUGGUGCGGUUUCUCAGGAUAUUAUGUAUGUCACUCUUCCCUUGUACCACAUCAGUGCUUCUCUUCUUGGCAUCAGUGGAUGCAUUCAGUUAGGAGCGACCUGUGUUUUGAAGAAGAAAUUUUCUGCGAGCCAGUUUUGGAAUGACUGUAGGAAAUACAAUGUUACCAUGUUUCUGUAUAUAGGAGAACUCUGCCGCUAUCUCUGCAAUCAGCCCUGUAAAGAAGAGGACAGAGUUCAUGAAGUGCGCAUUGCUCUUGGAAAUGGCAUUAGACCUUCUGUAUGGAAAGAAUUUCUGAUGAGGUUUGGCCCAGUUAAAAUAUUUGAAUUCUAUGGGUCCACAGAAGGAAGUCUUGGUUUCCUGAACUACACUAAUAAAAUAGGAGCUGUGGGCCGUGCUGGCAUCUUCUCAAAGUUUCUACAUUCUUUUGAGUUGUUGAAAUAUGAUGUCUGGAAACAAGAAGUUAUAAAAGAUGAAAAUGGAAGGUGUAAGAAAGCACCCAGAGGUAAACCUGGCCUUCUAGUUUUUCAAGUUACUGAUGAUGGCCCAUUUUCUGGAUAUGUUGGAAAUAAAGAAGCCUCAGAGAAGAAACUCCUGCGUAAUGUGUUUGUGGAAGGAGAUGUGUAUCUUGACACAGGGGACCUCCUAGUGAUGGAUGAGGAUGGGUUCUUCUACUUCACUGACCGGGUGGGAGACACCUUCAGGUGGAAAGGAGAAAAUGUUGCCACUUUAGAAGUUGCAGAGAUCAUUGGCAUGAUGGAUUUUGUCCAAGAAGUUAACGUUUAUGGUGUCAGCGUAAAAAAUUAUGAAGGAAGAACAGGGAUGGCAGCUAUUGUGCUUAAACGUUACUACAAUUUUGAUGGAGAAAGACUUUAUAAGCAUGUUGAGGACUUCCUUCCAAGUUAUGCCCAACCACGCUUUGUAAGAAUCAUGGAUGUUAUGCAAAUUACUGCAACUUUCAAGCAUCAGAAAAUGCAUCUGGCAAAUGAAGGAUUUAAUCCAGAAAUUAUAUCUGAACCUCUGUAUUUCAUGUAUGAACCUGCACGUUCCUAUAUUCCUUUGACAAGAGAGAUAUACCAGAAGGUGGUUUCUGGUGAAAUACGUUUAUAA